CCCCUGUGCUGUACAUCGGCGAAGAGCAACAACAAUUACACGCAGUCAGCGCGGGUUAUGGAGCAAUAAAUGACAGUAAACGUGGAUUGGUCGUUUGAGGCGGUCUUACUGUCGUUCAUAAAACCCCGGUCAAUGUCAGUUCUGCACUAGUAGCUGUUACUGCAGCUGGAUCAGCGCUGUCUCCAGGAAUGGCAUUCAAUAAGACGUAUGUACGCGUGGGCUACUCGUGUGUUGGGAUGUUGGUGGGAUUUUCGGCGUUUCUAGUGUGGAACAUCGCCUAUAAACAGCCGUGGACAGCCGCGAUGGGUGGAUUAUCAGGUGUUUUGGCAUUAUGGACUCUGGUCACACACAUAAUGUACCUUCAGGACUUCUGGAGAACAUGGUUAAAGGGACUGAAGUUCUUCUUGGUCACAGGCGUCACUUUCUCCAUGGUUUCCAUCGUUGCGUUCAUCUCCUUCCUCGGUGUUGCCGUCUCCCACAAAGAAUCCCUCACAGAUCCUGCCAGUCUGUACCUGUCGUGUGUGUGGAGCUUCAUGAGUUUGAAGUGGGCGUUCCUGCUGGCCCUCUAUUCUCAUCGAUAUCGCAAAGAAUUUGCCGACAUCUCCAUCCUCAGUGACUUCUAAAUAUACACACAGUGACACACUCGUGCCCACAGAGAAUGGAGACAUGCUUGGCUGUUACCAUUUGAAAUGGACCAGUAACACUCGACGUGGAGAGUCGGAAAGCUUUCGUGUUUUUUUAUAGUAUAUCAAUAUACAACAUUAGUGUAUCGCU